CGAAGUGACGGCAAAGUCUAGCCAAUGUGUGCGUGAAGUGAAUGUAAUGUGUUAGGUGGUGGAGGAAGUUCAGUGAUGACAACAAGAAAGGAGAGCUAUGAGUUCAAGCCUCUUGUCUUUCAACCUGUAAGACCUCGAGGCAACUUAAAGGAUGGGACACCUUUGCCAAUGCCAAGGAGUGGACAUCGCAUUGUCUGCUUUGGACUCUCCUUUUACUCUUUUGGAGGCUACAACCCAAAGAUAACCACCAGUGAAUACCCUGAUGACACAUGGCAGAGAACACACCCACUUUUCCAGGAGUUAUGGCAGUUCAAUAUUGUCAGCAGCACUUGGACCCGUAUAGAAGGGGCAGGAAGUAUGCCAGAAGAACUGGCCUCCCAUUCAGCUGUGCGUCUGGGCCCAAACAUGCUUGUGUUUGGGGGAACGGCCAUGCCAUUCGGUGACUCAUCAUCAGAUUCGCUAUACAUGUGUCACCUGCCAACAGGAAAAUGGCAAAAAGUGAUAACAUAUGGCAACAAACCCGAGCCAAUGUAUGGACAAGCUGUAUGUCUCAGCGAUGAUAAACUUUACGUUGUGGGUGGCACAACUGGUUUCCAGUACAGCAUUGAUGUUCAUUGCCUUGACUUAAACCAAAGAGAGUGGGUACAUCUGAACCCCAGAGUAUCAAGCCACAGUUUUUGCCCAGAGGAAAGGUAUCGGCAUGAAGUGGUGGAACACGAAGGCGCCCUUUAUGUAUUUGGUGGGGGGAGGUCAGAUGCUGCAUGUGACCUCACUUAUCUUCCUACAUUUUUAAUCAAGGAACGAAUGUGGGUGCCUACAAAAACUUAUCCCGAUCCUGUCCAUAGUACUUUUCCACAAUGUCGCAGAUGUCACGUUGCCUGUAAAUUCAAUAAUUUUGUGUAUAUCCACGGAGGCUACAAUGGGGUGGAAGCAUUUGCUGACUUAUGGAGACUCAGUCUAUCAAGUUUUGAGUGGCAGAAAUUACCUUGUAAAUCUCCAGUACCACUGUAUUUUCACUCGGCAGCAGUUACUGAAGAUGGCUGUAUGUACAUGUUUGGAGGAGUAAAGAAUCUCGAAGAGAACAAACGAACUGCAAGAAUUACAAAAGUAUGGCUGAGUGUAGGAAAGCUAAGGGAUAUGUGUUGGGAAGCUCUGUGUCAUUACACUCCAACGCUGCCGAGUUUGCCUCCAGCAACUCUGCUCCAGAUGGGAAUACCCAUAUACAUUGUAGAUAGUUUGCAGCAUCAGACACCAGCAUAUGGAUAGGUUGCCAGUAAGUUAAUAGAAACCAUGUGUUGGUGAAGUCUUCAGAAGCAGCCAUUUUAAACUGCAGAUAUGAGAUGGCAGCAAAGUCAUUAUUAGUACAUCAUAAUUUAUUUAAUUUCAAAGAUUAUCCUAAAGCCUUUGCUUUCUUUGCAACUUUAUACUGUAUUGUUAAAUGCAAACAUGGGGAUACACUUAUAAAAUGUUCAGACAGGUUCACAUGGAAAUGUAAAGUACAUUCAAAUCAAUAUAUUCAAACACAAAAAAUGCAUAGACGUAUAGAUGUACAGACACACAUGCAGAACAAAGCACUCUUGCAUUCAAAUAAAUAUACAUACAUGCUUAUUCAAUAGUAACACUUAUGCAUACACCCAACUGCAUGCACACUCACUCACACACACACUUUUUUUCUCUCUCUCUCUCUCUCUCUCUCUCUCUCUCUCUCUCUCUCUCUCUCUCUCUCUCUC